ACACGACCCUCUCCAGGCCAGACUCCAGUGCCCGCCGAACACGUGACUCCAGCCAAUGAGAGCGCUCCACGUCACGCCGCAGCGGUUCGUAUAAAAAUCCCUCCACCCCACCGCCGGCGGCGGCGACCACCAGGUACCAGCCCACCGCGGCUGCACCCACCUCGAGGCCUCGAACAGCGAACUAGUCGCGAACCACCUCACCGAUCCCCGAACCGCCCCUCCCAUGGACGUCCGCCGCAGGUCCGCGGCGGCCGCUGCCAGGGACCCGCCUCGGCAGCCGCCGGCACCUGCUGCUGCGGCGCCGGCGCCGGCGGAGCCGACGAAGGAACUGGUCCUCCGGCCGCCGAAUCUGGGCGUAGUCGCUGUGGCGAUGGUGCUCUUCCUCGCGCCCUUCUCGUACCUCGCGUUCGUGCACUACCCCCUGGAUGCCGAUCUGCGGCGAUCCAUCCUCAUCUGCGGUGCCAUGAGCCUUGGCGGCUUCUUCGUCGCGCUUCGGUUCAUCCCAGUCGCUGCCCGCUACCUCCUCCGCCGCCGUAUGUUCGGCUACGACAUCAACAAGAGGGGCUUGCCUCUGGGCGAAAUUCAAGUGCCUGAGGCACUAGGGCUUGUUGUUGGAAUUGUCUACUUGGUCAUUGCAAUUCUAUUUCAACAUUUCAACUACGCAGCAGACUCCAUGUGGCUUGUUGAAUAUAAUGCAGCAUUAGCAUCAGUCUGCUUUAUGAUUCUUCUUGGAUUUAUUGAUGAUGUUCUUGAUGUUCCAUGGAGAGUGAAAUUGCUGCUGCCCACAAUUGCAGCACUUCCUUUGUUGAUGGCAUAUGCUGGUGGUACUUCCAUCAUUAUUCCAAAGCCUAUAACCCAUUAUGUUGGAGUAGCAGUUUUGGAGCUAGGUUCAUUGUACAAGCUAUUCAUGCUCUUGUUAGCAGUCUUUUGUACAAACUCAAUAAAUAUACAUGCUGGCCUGAAUGGUCUUGAAGUUGGGCAGACAGUUGUUAUAUCUGCUGCGGUUUUGAUACAUAAUGUAAUGCGCAUAGGAUCUUCUAAAGACGUUGAAAUCCAGCAAGCUCAUGAAUUCUCUAUUUAUCUUGUCCUGCCUUUCCUAACCACGUCAUUAGCUCUGCUAGCCUUUAACUGGUAUCCUUCAUCUGUUUUUGUUGGUGAUACCUACACCUAUUUUGCUGGAAUGGCUUUGGCUGUGGUGGGAAUUUUGGGACAUUUCAGCGAGACGUUAUUGCUCUUCUUUUUACCUCAAGUUCUCAAUUUCUUGUGCUCAGUCCCACAGCUCUUUCACUUCGUUCCUUGCCCAAGACAUAGGUUGCCGAGGUUUGAUCCUCAAACAGGUCUGUUGACUGGUACCAAAGAUGGGAAUCUAGUUAAUAUAUUCCUUAGGCUAUUUGGAAGAUGCUCAGAGCAGGCCCUUUGCAUAAGGCUCCUUAUUUUUCAGGCUCUGUCAUGCAUAUUCUGCUUCUGGCUAAGGUACAUGCUUACCGGAUGGUACAAAUGAUCACCUGCAAAAGAUGUCUUCCAGUUGCUUCUAAUGGCUGUUGUUUUCCUCGACAUAUAUGUAGACUAACCGCCCAAAUUUUCCAAUACUGGUGAAAGAGCGUAUUGCUAUUCACGCAGUUGCUUCCUCUAUCUUUAGUCUUGGGAUUUGUCUCCUUUACCUUUUUGUGCUAACUGACUACAGUCUACAGUUUCUGAUUUUGUAAUUAUGUACGAUGGCAUCAAGGAAGUUUGCUUUCCUGCAAGGUUAUACGCCUGUAGUCUGUACGCCAUUGUUUUUUAAAAAAUCUUUUGAAUUAUAAUGAGAAUGUUUGUGUAUAUUUAUGUA